AUGGCCGACCUAGCAAGCGAAAGCGCCAACAGAGUUACUCCGCCGGCCGGUGCCCUUAAGGGCAAUGCGCCGCCUACGCCGCCGGAAACUCAAGAGGUGAAGGGUAUCGCGACGGCUCCGGACCAACCUCAAACUGCGUCUGGGCCUAUCAAAACCGAUUUGCCUGCUGCGCAACCCGUGCCACCGGCUUCGGUCUCCGAGCCGGCAAAAGAGGCCGAACCCUUGGCAGGUUCUACUAAUGUGACGACAGGACCAGAUGCUGUAUCUAAGCCUUCGGUUUCAGAGCCAGCUGCCACCUCGGCAACCAAGCAGCAGCUGUCAGAGGCUGAGAAGCUCGCAACCCAGCCUGAAAAGCUUACUGAGGACGUAUCAGCCCCGUUGAACGCAAACCCCAUCAACGCGGAACCAAUUACAGCGUCUUCUACCGUGCCUGGGGAUGAUCCGAAGAAGUCAGCUAAGCCUGUUUCGGUGGAGGAGGUUCAAGACCCUGAGCUACCUGCUGCUAAGCCGACGACGGCCAAUGAGGCACUCAAGCCAGAAAGCAGCACAGCGGAGACAGCCAAACCAGCCCCAGCAAAGGAUGUUGAAAUGAAUGAUGCGCCUCAGCCUGCCGUUUCUGCCUCCCAAGACGCGCCAAACCCUGUGUCGAAGCCUGAGCCCGCUGAACCUUUGCCCUCAGAGCCACAAACCGGCGCGAAACGAAAAGCAGCUGAAGCACCUACUGCGAAUGGGGAUGUCUCAGAGACCCAUGAACCCGAAGGUCCUGCCGAGAAGAAGCACAAGUCCUUCGGCUCUGCUGUCAAGGACGCCAUCAAGAAGGUCGGACGUCCCAAGAAAGACAAGAAGGCUCCAGCUCCAGUGGGAAGGACCGCCAGGAAGACUCGAAGCCAGGGAAACGCUGAUCCCAUUUGA